AUAGAGUCGGUCAAUUUGUAGAAAAUUAACGUUUAUUUCUCAACUUUCACUUAUAAUAAAGCCAAAUAAAGAUAAGACACGAAUCUUGAACAAAGAAAGAUUAGAUAUCCACGAUCCUUUUCCCUUUCCAUCGAAUUCUAGUCAAGUCCAGAUGCAUCACCCAUGCAAGUUUGGUGAAGAUCUUAUAUACUGGACCUGCAACUAAAACUUUAACCAGUUAAAUCCUGAUGGAUGAUGAUACUGCAACAGUAACACCAACUAAGGACGAAAACUCUGAAAUUGAUGCCAACAAUGGUGACCUAACUUGUGGCAGUACUAAUGAUGAACAAUUGGAAAAAGAUGCAAGCCAUGAUGAUUUGGAAGAUGCUGAUAAAAUCAGUAGUUCUCCCCUUGACAGAAAAAUAGAAAGUGAGGAAGAUCAGGUGGAAGAUCAAAAGAAUGAGGAAGCAGCUGCCAGUCCAUCUUUAUCUCCGAGUGUGAAUGAUGAAAACACAUCAAGCCCAGUUGGCAACAAUGAGGAAUCGCCCGAGGAAUCUGAAAUUAGGAAAGAAGAAGGAAGUAAAAAGGGAGACAACAGUGAGGAUUUAGCAAGUGAAUCGCAAGAAGAGUUAGCCUGCGAUGAUGAAGUAAGCAAUUUAGGAAAUGAAGCUGUCGAAGAUUCUCAAGACAUUGAAAGCAAACAAAAACUUGAUAAUGAGGGUGUGGUUGAUGAUGAAAGGAAUUUCAGAGAUAUAAAUGAAAUAUCUCAGGAGGCCUCAGAAAACGCUCAAUCUAGGACAAUUAUUGAUAAUACUGAGGAAAUUUCUAAUCAAGAUGAUGUUUGCAGAGAUUCAGUGGAUAAGUCAGUUGGUAGUCCUGAAAACGAGGAGAGUGUUUACCAGGAUUUACCUUCAGAAACUAACUCUGGAAGAAACACACAGGGAAGUGAUAUUGAAAGUGAUGAAGAUGUGAAUGAAUGGGAGGAUGAUGUGGCUAAAAAUGAUGAGGCUCCAACAAGGGAUAUUGAGGAAUUUAUGGAUGUGGAUGAUAAUUCUGGAGCCCAGCAUGUAAAAGAAGCAGAAGAAGUUUCAAGUGAUGAUGAAAAUGAAACUCAGUCAAGUCAAGUAUCUCAGUCAAGUCAAAUAUCUCAGUCAAGUCAAAUAUCUCAGUCAGAGUUAAGUCAAGGAAAUGAAGAAGAAGAAGACAAGGCAGGAAAUAAUGAAGAAAUUGUGGAAAAUCCUUUAUCACCUGCUGAGGAUAUAAGUGAAAGUGAGGCUGGUGAACUGUCUGAUGAAGAGGAGGAAGAAAAAGAGAAACUAGAGGGUAAGGAAGAUGAAUGGGAUUUAGACUUGACUAAAAAGGGAGAUAAUGUGCAUCAUGACCGACCUCUGGCUGAAACUGAGGACAUUAAUAGUCCAGAGAGUGACCUGCAGGAAAGGGAGAAAACUCCUAUCAGGGACUUGGAUUCAGCAGCAUCGCCCAUUUCUGAGGAAGGAAAUUUGUCGGACAUUGACUUGGAAAAGAGGAGACGUGAAAUGUACAACGAUAUUUCUGAUGAAGAGGAAUCCUUCAGUGAUGAAGAGAAAAUUGACAAUUACAAAGUAGAUGAUGUCGUUAAAGAAACCAUACAAACUAAUGACUCCUCUUCAAAGAGGGCUGACUUGAAAAAAGACAGAAAGGUGGACAAAUUUCAUAAUCAAAGUAGCAUGGGUGAGGAGCAAGUGGAACUGGAUUAUGAUGAGGAUGUGGGUGAAGAAGAUGGGCGGGGUCAUGAGGACAAAGAAAAAAUUGAUGACAGUAGGGGUGGGGAGAACGAAGCAGAGAAAAGGGAGACGGAGGAGGGUGAAGCACAUUCAGAUGAUGGUGAAUUAGAUGAUGAUGAAGAUUGUGAGGAAGGGGAGAUAAGAGAGCCAGGAACCAGGAAACCUUUUAUUCCUCCCAUCUGUCGAUUCUUCACUAGGGGGGCCUGUACAUGGGGAAAUAACUGUAGAUUUAUUCAUCCAGGAGUGAAUGACAAAGGCAACUACAGAAUGAUAGAACGGCCCGAAUUUGGUCCAGCCACUUACGGACAAGGCAGCGGCCCAUGGCAAGGCCCAGGGGAGAAACCUGCAGCAGAAGAAAUCGAAGAAGAAGAGUUACCUCCCCCUCCUCCAAUGCCACCCAAGGUGGAGACAGCCUGGGAGAGAGGGCUGAGACACGCUAAGGAGCAAUUAAAGAAAGCUAACAUGAGAAAGGAGCAGGAGACAGACUUUGAACAGAAGAGACUGAAUUUAUCAGUGGAAGAAGAGUUUGAAAUUAACAAAGAGAAUGAUCGCUAUAAGAACUUACACAAAGAUCCAUAUUAUGACCAAUAUGACGAUGAGUAUUAUGACAAGCUGCCUUCUAAGCGGUCCCCCAGCCCAAUAGGUUGGCAGCGGGGCCAAUAUGAGAACUUUGAGGUUCGUUGGACAAGAGAGCCAGAGUGGGCACCCCCUCCAGUGCAUCAUUAUCACAGGGAACGUGAACAUCCUUCUCAGAAAUUUAUGAGAGACCCUUUCCCAGAGAGGCAUCCUCCAGAGAGGUUUGAAAGGAAACCUGCCUCUCACAGACACAAGCCAUGGGUGGAGGAACCUGCCCCUCCCAGGGAAACUAGGGACGCCCCCGUACACAGACACACUGCUGACGUGUGGCACGAUCCAUGGAGAAGGUCAAAAUCACCAAAGAAGAAAGCAAGAGGUUCUAGAAGUAGGUCACGAGGUAGGAGGCGGUCCAGGCGCUCCUACAGCUACUCCUCCUCGUUCUCUUCAAGGUCGAGGUCCUCCUCCUACAGCUCCUAUAGCAGUCGGUCCUCACGCAGCCGCUCCUCAUCUACAUCACGGUCUCCUACCAGGUCGCCAGUCAAACGGGCUGGGGGUCCACAGGGCAGACAGCCACCAUUUAAACCAGAUAGUGGAAAACCUAGAAGUGCCAUAUCUGGUCAGUCAGGACCCCCUGGACCUCUUAGAAGACAGUCCAGUCAGAAUCAGGGGGCUCCCCCAGGUAAAGCACCCCCUGGAGGGGAUCUCUCCUUAAAUAGACAGCGCUCACAUCCAGGGAUGCCUGGAGGACCUCCACCAGAGCCAAAUCGGGGGAGGGGAUCCAAAAUUAAGGCUGGACCACCUUCUCAACAACAGCCACCCCAGAGAAUGGGACAACCCCAAAGGCCUGGAAGACAUGGUCGAGGGCACAGUAGCAGCAGUGGAUCUAGAUCGAGGAGCAGGUCUUCUUCAUCUGGGUCCUCACGGUCCUCUAGUGCCAGCAGCAUGUCUUCAAUUAGCAGCCACUCCUCCAGCAGCUCCUCGGGAAGUGCUGACUCGGAACAUCUGUACAGAGGGGUGGGUGGAGCUAAGGAAGGGUCACCGGUCUCCCCGAAAAAGAAGAAAGCCAAGACAGAUAAAGGCCCCCAACCAAGUAAAGGAGAAAAGAAGCCUGCUGCUUCAGUGGGCAAUAGAUCGUCCAGGGGAAGUCGCAACGAUUCUAGUCAGGCCCCAAUCACUUCCAAACCUAAAGACCCAUUGAAGGUGGUGGGCUCAAAACAGAACAUCAAGUUAACUUUACUCAAUAAGCCUGUGGAGAAAGAAAAGCCAGGUGGAUUGGUGUCCAAGAAGAGACCAUCAGCUGACCUGGAUGCGCCUCCUGCCAAGAGACCCGCACUGCCCCCACCAGCACAACCAAAAACAGACAAGAAAGUAAAGAAACCAGCAAGUACAGCCCCUGCAUCCCCGACCAAAGCUGCCCCCCACCCUGCCCCCGCCCCCAAAGUCCAGCCAAAAGCUCCACCUCCUGCCAGCGCCCCCAAGGAGAAGAAGAGCACAUCUUCACGUCGAGAGGAGCUCCUCAAGCAGCUCAAGGCUGUAGAAGAUGCAAUAGCUCGCAAGAGGUCCAAGAUAAAUUGAUGAAAUGGGUAGUAGGGAGUCUUCAAUAUUAUUCUCUGUAUAGACCAAGGCAUUUUAAAAGACUUAUUUUGGUUGCAAGUUCACAUAUUCCUCCAUUUGUAUGAUAUGCACAUCAAAUCAGAGUCUUUGUCAGUGUGAAUGGAUGCUAGAGAUUCUCUGUAAGGAAGUUGAAGAUAGAAUGAUUUUAUGUGAUAUAUGGCACAUUUUUAUAUGGACAUGUAAAUAUGAUUGAAAAAAGCUGUACUUUGGAAUUGUUUGUAGUUUUGUAUAUGUUUGUGUUUGAAUAUUUAUUUGUUUAAAAAAAAAAGAAUAAAAAGUGCUAAAGGCAAACUUGAUAUUUUUAGACACCAUUUUUUAUUUGUAUCUAGUUUUCGAGUCAUCAAACUGCUUAGUUUCAGAUUGAUCUGUGAAAUUGUAAGUUUUUAUUAGACAUAGAGAAUACAAAUGCACUUUUAGUUUUAAAACAAACUUGUCCAUAUGUUUGAUUACCUGAAAUUUUUUUUUUUCAUUUUAAUAAUUCUUAAAAGUUGCAUGUUUUUCAUGCUACAAAAUGUAUUCAAGGUAAAGAAUUUCUGGAAUUCUGGUAUGAAUGUUGAACUUGUAUAUAAUUUGCACCUUUUUGGUUACCUCCUGCCGAGUGCAUGGUACUUUAUCUGUUGAUGUUGGGAUAAUACCCAGGAUUCAGCAUCUGGAUACUAAAUAUACAAUUUAUGACUAUAGUAUGAAUACUAAUUUUUAAAAAUAAAACUCAAUUACCGCAAAA